UAGAAGUUAGCGCUUUGCUUCCACUCCUCUCACUUGAACUUAUGUUGUUGAUUCUGCGAAGAUAUCACAUAUUAAAGUGCGUCUGUUAGAUCAUACUGAAGUGCGUAUAUUAGAUAACGUUGUGUAGCACUUAAGCUGUAGUGUGAAGACAAUUGCGUUUUCUAGCGGUUUUAACAAGAGGUUUCACGAUGGCGAAGUGUGAUUCGUUUCACACGCAGCUAACAACCAUCAUGGAUAUAAUGACCAAAACGACUUUGACUCAAAUAUAUAAACUGUUCGAAGAGGAUUCGUCGAAAUUAAGAAAAGAAAUGUCAAGGGUGAUGGAGGAAAAUAGAGUCCUCCAAGACCGACUGCGUCACCUUGAAAUAGAACUUAAUAUCAAGCGACAAGUGGAAAAAGGAGCGCACGAUUCUACAAAGACAUACCAUAGGCCUACCAUAGAAAUGCAGAUGGUAGAAAACCACCGUGGCGUCGAGAAAGAAAACAACGUUACAGGUCUUAACCGUGCACCAUCAAUCGAUGGUAUAUUUGGGAAGGAGUGGUGUGCAGACCUAUGGAAAGAUGGAGUGUCGCGGGGACGUACCUCUGAUGACUUUGUGGAUGAGAUACAGUGCAGGGAAAACGAACAAGACCAAAUUGAGCUGCUGACCAUAAAGGAGGAGGAGUCAGAAGUAGACAUCUGUGAACGCAGUAGCAGCCAUCAAAGCACUCAGACCAAAGAGAAAGGAAGCUGUGUGUGCGGCAGAAGCAAGGCAUCAUCCGCUGAUGGACAUGUCCCGGAUACAGUCAGGAAAGAGGAGGAAGAAGCCUCCGUUUCUGCGGACUCCACUGAGGGCUGUGACAAUCUGCAGAACUCAUCCAGAGUCUAUGAGGAACAAGAAACUGACUUCAUUAACCUGGAUGGAACCACUGGGAACUAUAUCAUGACUGUGCCCACGGCUCCCUGCAUGGGAUUCGAUCUACACUGUGUCCCAAUUGAGUACGAGUACGAGGGCGGAGAAGGGGAAGAAGUGGUAAAAGAGCUCAUAGCCUUCGAAGGGCUUUCUGAAAACCCUUCACAGACAGCCUUCCUGGAGACACAAACCUAUAUAGGGGAAGAGGGUGAGGAGUCCUUCAAUUAUUUUGACCGAUUUGACCUUCAGGCACACCUUCAACAAACUCCGAAGAGGAAGAACAGGUUCAACUGCAAGCUGUGCAGGAAGAAGUAUGCCAAGUACGAAACCCUCAAGACACACAUGAAGGUUCAUAAGAGGGAAACCAUUUACCAAUGCCGGGUUUGCAAGAGUGUCUUCCCGCAGAAAAACCUUCUCAGAACUCACAAGUGCACUGGCGCCCCGCCCCCAGCUACUGCCAAGAGCAGUGGCAAGAACGGUGCUGCCAGGUUCUGCUGCGAAUACUGCGGCAGGGCCUUCACCACCAGCUGCAACCUGCGAGUGCACUACGCCGUCCACACAGGCGAGAGACCACACAAGUGUGACAUCUGCGGGAAGAGCUUCACCCAGAAGGGCAACCUGAACAUCCACAGACGCAUCCACACCGGCGAGAAGCCCUUCUCCUGCCCCAUGUGCCCCAAAACCUUCUCCCAGAAAAUUAACCUGCGGCACCAUUUGCCCCUCCACGGGAAGGAUGGCACACGCAACUUGGGCAAGCGAGCGAAGGAAAAUUGCACACACAGAUUGGACAGGAAAGCGAAGGAAACUAAAACUGCCAAUUGAUGUUUUUUGGGGGGGAAAAAAGAAAAAAACAUGUAAUUCUUUCUUUUAUUUCAUGUCAUUGUUUUUUUUUUUUAUCGGCCGACAGAAGUGUUUAUUUUUUAUAUGCUAUAUGUUGGGCCAUUUGUUUAUAAUGGCACCAUUCUUUAACAAAGCAUACACUAUUCAAUGUGUUUGCCUAUAUCAAAACAUAUUCAUACAUACUGUAGAUAUGUAUAUAAUUCUGUAGCUGCAUUUAUGAAUUUGAAGAGUACGGCAUGGUGUUUUCUGUGAGGUUCAUCUCAUCAAACCCAUUUGUACAAUCAAUUAUAGAUGCGAUUUCAAAGUUGUGUUCUGUUUCAGUGUAUUAAACAAUCAAACUGGUUAAAUGCAUCCAACCCAUUUUAACAGGGCUUUUAGGUGUUGGAAAUGGUACUGUAGGUAUCUUGGCUGGCCAGCUAAAGUAGUUCAGAUCUGUAUUUGUAUGCAAUUUGUAUAAUACUGCAUCUAAAAGACAGAUUGUAACUACUGUGAGUUUCAUCGUUAUUACAGAUACAUUAAAUAAAACAUCAGUCAGAGCUUUGACAGACUAGUCAAUCACCAACAUAUUACAUUAGUAACAUUUCUGUUUGUUUUUUAUUAUGAUUGUAUUUUAGUAUGAUUAAUGGUUGUCAUUUCAAUCCAUAUCUGUGUGGGAUGCUUGGAUUCCCUUGGUCCACAAUUGUACAAGGUAUUUUGUCUAAAUCUUGCAAACUAAGUAGUUACCAAAGUCAUUAAAACUGUAUAAGG